AUGAAACCUCUGAUUAUUUUCAUGUUUUGGUUUACUAUUGUCAUCUCAAUAAAUAUUACAACAAUCCUUUGUGAUGAUGAUAGCCACUACACCAACUGCAAUAAGGCUUUUAGCUGCGGAAACAGCACUAUCUCAAACCUCAGAUACCCCUUUUGGGGAGACAACAGAGAAAAGUAUUGUGGUGAUCCUGGAUUGGAGGCACUCACAUGCGAAGAAAGUGUCCCCAAGAUAAGCAUCAAUGCCAUCAAAUACCGUAUUCUGGGUUGGGAUACUACAACAAACCAACUCACUGUGGCUAGGGACGAUUACUGGGAUAAUAUCUGCGUGAGUGAUCCUAAAAACAACACGUUUGAUAACACCCUGUUUCAGGUUGAUUAUCUUAUGCUUGAGAACGUGACACUGUUUUAUAAUUGCUCUUCAAUGCCAAAUGUGGGUUCAUGCACGAUUGUGGUGAUUCCCAUUUUUAAUUCCAAUUCUGCACUUGUAACUACCAAUAGAGUAAGCGAUGCAUUAGAUACCGGUUUUGGGUUGAAAUGGACGGGAAAUUAUGAACAGUGCAAGACAUGCUCUGAUUCUGGUGGAGUGUGUGGCUUUGAUGGACAAUUCAAAUGUUUCUGCAAGGAUGGACCUCAAACAAUUUCAUGUCCAGUUUCAGGAUCAUCUUCAAAAAGGAACCGGAGGCUUACGAUUGCGAUAGGUGCAUCAACAGCUGGUUUUGGAGGAGUAGUAGUAGUGUUUCUUAUGAUAAUUUGUUACCAUAAGAGGCGUCUAAGUUUUGGAAAAAGAAGGAUCUUCAUAAAGAGAAGAAAAUUUGUUGACGAUAGUGUGGAGGUUUUCAUGAAGAGUUAUGGUUCUUUGGCACCAAAGCGAUAUAGUUAUCCAGAAGUGAAAAGGAUCACCAAAACAUUUCUAAAUAAACUAGGCCAAGGAGGAUAUGGUGUCGUCUAUAAAGCUACAUUAUCUGAUGGUCGUCCUGUUGCAGUAAAAGUAAUUAAUGAGACUAUGGGAAAUGGAGAAGAAUUCAUAAAUGAAGUUGCUAGUAUUAGUAGAACAUCCCACGUAAACAUUGUCUCACUAUUGGGUUUUUGUUAUGAGAUGGAGAAAAGAGCACUAAUAUAUGAAUUUAUGCCUAAUGGAUCAUUGGAUAAUUUCAUAUAUAAAAGUGGUUAUCCAAAUGCUAUUUGUAAUUUGGAUUGGUACACAUUGUACCAAAUUGGAAUUGGCAUUGCUCGAGGACUAGAAUACUUGCAUAGAGGAUGUAACACAAGGAUUUUGCAUCUUGAUAUCAAACCCCAAAAUAUUCUUUUGGAUGAAGAUUUUCGCCCUAAAAUAUCUGACUUUGGACUAGCAAAAAUAUGUCUAAGGAAAGAGAGUAUUGUAUCCAUAUUGGGCACAAGAGGAACUAUAGGGUACAUUGCACCUGAAGUGCUUAGCCGAUUAUUUGGUGGAGUUUCACACAAAUCUGAUGUGUAUAGUUAUGGCAUGUUGAUUCUUGAAAUGAUUGGAGCAAGAAAGAAUUAUGAUAGUGGAGGAUCACAUACGAGUGAAAUGUAUUUUCCAGAUUGGAUUUACAAGGAUCUUGAACAAGGUGAUAUUCCUUCCAGUUGUUUGGUUGCCACAGAAGAAGAAAAUGAAAAGGUAAGAAAGAUGACUUUGGUGAGUCUAUGGUGUGUUCAAAUAAAUCCAUCAGAUAGGCCGUCAAUGACUAAAGUAGUAGAGAUGUUAGAAGGAGCACUUGAGUCAGUGCCAUAUCCUCCAAAGCCUGUCUUGUGUUCUCCAGCUAGGCCACCUUUACAAAUUUCAGAUACAUCUUCCACCAAUAUGCAGGAUACAAAUUCAAUAACAAUUCAAAAGGAUGGUUCCAUUGAAUUGAAUGAAUUAAGCAAAAGCAUAGAAAUAAGUUGUGGGAAUAUAAGAAACAUUGGUUUUCCAUUUUGGGGAGAUAACCGUCCAAGUUGGUGUGGCCACCCUUCGUUGCAUCUCAUUUGCAUGAAAAAUAUCAGCUACAUAACCAUCCAUAAUGUCAAUUACCAGGUUUUGGUGGCCAACCCAAUUGAACAUACUAUGAAAAUCACCAGAGUGGACUACUUACAGUUACAAGGAAUAUGCCCUUCAAAACUUUUCAACACCAGCCUUGACACUGAGCUCUUUGUUUAUGGGUCAGAGGAUAAGCAUCUUACCCUCUUCUAUGGUUGCACUCCUUCAAAUGCUGGACUUCUUCCUUGUAACCUAAAUGGAGCUAUUGAUUAUGUUUAUCCUCAGUUUGGGUUUUCCCCUCCUCCUAUGUUUUGCAAAGCAAGUGUGGUAGUUCCAGUUUCUCCAUCAUUGGUUGAUAUUAGAGAUUUCACCAACAUACAGAAGGCAAUCAGAGAUGGAUUUAUGGUGAAAUGGAUAGCAGGUAUUGAAGAAUGUGAGAAAUGUGUAAAAUCAGAUGGAAUCUGCGGUUAUGACUCGAAAUCAAAUCAACCAACUUGUUCAAAUUCAUCACCAGAUGCCAAAGCACCUCCACCAUCCCAAGAGCCUCCUCCUCCAGGUAUGGCUAAGAUCAUUGAUAUUUGGAUUUUUUAUUUGUUAAUGAAGACUGUGUUUUGA